AUGGCGGACUUGUCGAGGAAAAUUGGCACAUUAAACGAAAAUUUUAAGAAAACAUUCCACGACGGUGUCAAUCAAAUGGAUAGUGGAAAUUAUACAUUUUUGAGCCAUCGAGUGCGGUCAUAUCCAUUGUUAUCAAUUGUACCUAAUUCUUUUGGCAAUUUUUUUUAAUUCAAAUUUUCAAUGGGCGAAAUAAAGAGGAAAGUGUUGGUGUUAUACGUCGGAGGUACCAUUGGGAUGCAAAAGAACGAAUACGGAGUUUAUAUGCCGGUACCGGACGCAUUCGUUAAUAAAAUUAAAUCCACUUCAGAAAUGCAUGACGCGAAAAUAGCAACUAAGUACAAAAUCGAUUUAAAUGAAAACGAACUUAUCCUACCGAAUUUGGGGCCCAAUCUAAUUAUUUAUAGGAUUAAAGAAUAUCAUCCACUGCUUGAUUCAAGCAACAUGGCUACCAAAGAGUGGAUAAGAAUAGCUGAAGAUAUAAAAGAAAACUAUUCGAAAUUUGAUGGUUUCGUCGUACUCCACGGGACAGACACGUUGGCUUACACAUCGUCGGCGCUCUCGUUCAUGUUGGAAAAUCUCCAAAAACCCGUUAUAAUUACCGGAUCCCAAAUACCAGUUUUUGAAUCUCGCAGCGAUGCAAAAGAAAAUUUUUUGUCGUCGCUGAUCUUCGCGGGUUGCUAUAAUAUUCCAGAAGUAUGUGUGUUUUUUGCCAACAAACUACUAAGGGGGAACAGAACGACCAAAGUUAGCUCAAACUGUCUCGAUGCUUUCGACAGUCCCAACUAUCAUCCACUUGCAACGACCGGUAUUGAAGUUAACUUGCAUUAUCACUACAUAGCAAAAAGGAAUUCUUCGAGCAAGUUUUCUGUUCAUACCAAUCUGAGUUCAAAUGUUGGCAGGCUAACCUUCUAUCCAACAAUUGCUAGUGAACAGUUGGAGUCCUUUUUGAAACCCCCUAUUGAGGGCAUUGUGCUUCAAAGUUACGGAGCGGGUAAUAUUUCUUCCAACCGAACAGAUCUUCUUAAGGUAUUAAAAACGGCGGUGGACAGAGGUGUUGUAAUUAUUAAUAUUACACAAUGUUCGAAGGGAUCUGUUAGUGUAACUUACGAGGCCGGCAAGGCGUUGGAACAAUUGGGGAUAAUAUCUGGUGGUGAUAUGACAGCGGAAGCAACUUUGACUAAACUCGCAUACAUUUUAGCGAUGCCUUGUUCCUACGAAUCCAGAGUAAAACUCAUGAAGUCCAACUUGAGAGGCGAACUUAGUAGCGCAAUUUUUAAAUACCACAAUAACAAUGAAAAAGAAACCGCUAGUGGUUCUAUAGCAACGUUACCAAGUUGUUUUUAAUAUAUCUGGUGCUUCCUUGAAAAAACUUGUUCAAUGUGACU